CGUCAUUUCAGUACAUCCACAUCACUGGUUCGCCGGGCGGGAUUUCCGCAAUAAUAUCAAGUAUGGCGAAGACAUACGACUAUUUGUUUAAAUUACUAUUAAUCGGCGACUCUGGAGUCGGGAAGACCUGUGUCCUCUUCAGGUUUUCAGAAGACGCCUUCAACUCCACGUUUAUCUCAACCAUAGGCAUUGAUUUCAAGAUUAGGACCAUAGAGCUUGACGGCAAGAAGAUAAAGUUACAGAUAUGGGAUACGGCUGGCCAGGAACGCUUCCGAACAAUCACAACAGCCUACUACAGAGGAGCUAUGGGCAUCAUGCUUGUCUACGACAUCACCAACGAGAAGUCAUUUGAAAAUAUCAAGAACUGGAUAAGGAACAUAGAGGAGCAUGCAUCAUCUGAUGUUGAGAAGAUGGUCCUCGGCAACAAGUGUGACAUCAAUGAAAAGCGGCAGGUGUCUAAAGACAGGGGGGAGAAGCUUGCAUUAGAGUAUGGAAUCAAGUUCAUGGAGACAAGUGCAAAGGCCAACAUCAACGUGGAAAAUUCCUUUUUGACACUCGCCAGAGACAUCAAAUCAAAAAUGGACACAAAGUUGGAGGGCAACACGCCGCAGGGGAGCAGUCACGGAGUCAAGAUCUCAGAGCCUCAGAAAAAGUCCAGCUUCUUCCGCUGUAGCUUACUCUGAGGACCGAGGCCUUCGAUACUGGCUUCCAGCUGGCUGGACAAAAAUGGACUGUGCUUGCUCUUAGCACUUCCUUCCCCUUCCUUCUUUCUACCCAGUCCACACAAACCAUUAUAUUCCUAUUAAGAGGAGGACUUCCCCUCCUCUCUUCCUCUUCUGAAAGCUUCCAGUGGUGCAUCUCUUCCUUUUUAAGGAGAUCUGUUGUCUUCGUGGGUCAGAGUGCUUGACCGGUUGAGAUAAAAACCAGGAGCAUUGACCAGAUGUUCCUUAUCACACAGGCUUUUUCAUCUGAUGUUAGUCUCUCUGUACUACGCCCUCAUAUUUCACUUGGCUAGUAGCACAACUGAAGAUGAGAAAACGUUAAAUUAAUGUUCUGGGAUUACAGAUACAAAUGUGACAUUUAGAACUAUUUUUAAUAGUGUUAUUUCCCUUUUGAGUGAUAAACAUCAACCAAGACUGAAAGGCUUGAACUGAAGUGAAACAGAGUUGCACAUGCUUUCAUUGUCAUUUGAGGAGUUAAGACGCGUAUCAUGCAUAAGGCAGUCAGGGGUCAUAGAGGAAGUGCAUUGAGAGAUUUUACAUUUGAGUUCACUUCUCAGUUUGCUGGUCGUCAUUGACAAUCAUUUGAAUGCAACUUAAAAUACGUUUGGACAUCCGACCCUGUUCAUCGCCGCCUGCCUUCCACUCUUUUAUGUUUUUGCAGCAGCUGUCAUGUUGAAAGGCAGUUUGGCAAUCCAGAUUUGUCUUUUAGAUAAACUUCUGCUGGCAAAUUUUUUGGGUGAGGUGAAGUGUUCCUGCUGUAGCUUUCUCUGGUGUAGUGACCUGAAGGAAAGUAUUGUAUGCAUUGUUACCCUUUUAUUUUUUACAAAGAAAUAUCAAGAUGUUCUCCCCCUCCCCGUUAUAAUUCAAAUAAUCCUUCAAAAGUAAGACCAGCGUGUAAUAAGAGUGAAAAAUGGCUAUUAAAGUCAAGGUGACAUCUUUAAAUUGGAAAAUGUUGUCGAAUCAACAGAAAAACCCAAAAGCAUUCAAUCUAGAAUCGCAUACAUCAAGAAAACCCUCACAUUUGAGAAGCUUGAACAUUAAAAUAUCGAGUUUAAAUAAAGUUGCAUCAUUUCUUUUCUCUCCGAUGAUUGUUUCAAACGUUUGCCUUUAAUUUGACUUCAAGGUGUUGUAGCAGCUCUGAUUCACAGUCAAGCUAAAUGACGUCUCUGGUUAUUUGAUCAGCAAUUAAAAAUCACUUUUGAAGUUUCGCACUGUAAGCCUCCGACCCCCCCCCCCCCCCCCCCCUCCUGCUAUCCAUGCAGCUCUCCUUGCACUUUACCAGUAACUCGUGUUUUGUGUGUAGUCUGUGCCAAGUGAUAGUUUUGCAAUACAAGUACUUAGUUAAAAACAUUUUGAGUCUUGGUAAUAUAUUGGGCAUCAUUUUUUUUUUUUACCACCCUUACUUAUAAAUGACUUGAUAUCCUUUGCUAUUUCACUGCUAGUGAUCCACUGUCCUGGUAUUAGUUCACUGAAAAACAUUGCCCCAAUGUACUUAUAUAUAUUUAUAUAAAGGAAAGAAAAAAAAGCCAGCCUGUUUCUAUGCUACUGCCCUGCCAAAUUAUAGUUUAAAAUGGAUGUUUUCUUGGCUUAUCACACCAACGCUGGCUUGGUGAAAGCUGAACGAUGCUCCCACUAGUAUUAUUGUACUCUUUCCUGUGCGUUUGUGUUUGAUCGUGGCCCCUUGAGUUUGACAGCUAGGUGGCACCAGAGGCACAGUAUGCACUAUAGAUGAAUACCUGAACUCAAAUUUUAAUCAGUAUUUUAUUAGGAGCGCGAGCCACAGUGAGCUAGACCUGUGCGAUCCAAACAUGUACCCGCUAUUUGACAUCUUUUUCCACUGUUCCUCUUGUUUCCUUCAUUCAUUCGUCACCAGUCUGAAAAUCAAACUCCUGUAUGCACAAUAUCGAGGGAGGAUCUGCUUCUGCUUGCCUGCACUUUUUGUUUUUUUAUUGUUGUUAUCAAUUCAUUUGGGACCUCAUUACUACCAUGGCCAUUUGUCUUAACUGCUAAUACUCAGUUCUGUCAUAGGUGAGCUAUGCAUUGUGAAUCUUGGACCUGAGCAUCUGUGUGUGAUGUCUUUUUCAGACGUAGACCUGUACAGUUGAAUGUAUGGGCUUUUCUUUAGUGUCACUCUUUGAGCCAAAAACAGGACUGUAGAAACGGCAUUGCUACAACAAUGUGAGUGGAGUUUAUCAUGAUGGAAGGUUGAAUAGGGACAUCCUGUAGAUGUGGAGGGAGUGCUGUUUUCUCACUCGAGUGAUACUGUAGCUUUAAUUCAUCAACAGAAACGUAGGGAGCAGACUUUAGUGAGACGCGGCACGGCGUCAUUUUCAUCUGGAAUGAUACUCCCUCUUUGAUUUUUGUUUUUUAAUCAUAUCCUUUACUAACAUACUGUACAUCCCUUUUUACAGCCAUAUUUUCAUUCCAUUAAUUUGUGAAGGACACAGGGAGAAUAAUAAAAAUACAUUUUGAAGAAAAACAAGUGAAAAAAACAUUGUAAAUAUCACAUUGAGAAAAAAAAAGAGAUCUACUUAAAUUGUACUGUACUUUCUAAACCCAUAUGAAAAUAUAUCUACAGUUUGUAGAUAUCUGUACUUUUGAUUUAAUAAAAUAAGAUUAUAAAACUAA